AUGGACGCUCUCACGCGCAAGCACGUCCCCGAGGACGUCGGCCUCCGGAACACCGGCGAAGUGGAGGACGAGGGAGCCGGGGGCCAGGCCCAGCUGCACCGCGACGAGAAGCAGCACAAGCCGGUGCUGACGAAGGUGAAGGAGAGGGUGAAGAAGAUCAAGAACACCCUCGCCGGCCACGGCCACGGCCACGACGGUGAGCACGGCGGCGGCGACGAGCGCAUGGGGGACGCAGGCACCGGCACCGGCCGCGGCAGCAGCAGCAGCAGCGAGGAGGCGGAGGAGGACGCGGUGGAGAAGGGCGGCUACAUGGAGGACGUCGAGGACAAGCCAGUCGUCAUGGAGUCCGACCCCGAGGUGCACGGCGCGCCAAUGUACGACUCGGCGAGGGCACCGGCCCUGCAGGACCUCGUCGCCAAGUACGAUCAGCCGGCGCGCACACCGGCCGUGCAGGAGGUGGAGGGCGACGGCGCCGAACCUAGGGUGCGGCUUGGUGAUAUCGGCGGCCCCGUCGUCGAGGAUCCGGCCGCACCGCGCUCCACGACGCCCGCCGCGCGAGAGGGUGAGGACAUAGGCACGACGCCCGUGGUGCAGCAAUUCGAGACGAUGAGUUUGUCCGACGACCCGGCGCACGUGGGCGCGGGCAAGAAGGGCGCCAAGGCAGAGGAGUGGAAAGACAAGCCGCGGACACGGCUCAAGAACGCGGCCGCCGGCAGCACGGAGUACGGCAAGAAUCUAGCGAGCGCCAGCGUCGGCACCGCUGUGGGCGUGGGGAAGCGCGACGACGAACAACGCACGGAGGCGGUGCCGGCGUCGAACACCGCCGGCGCGGAGGAGUGCAGAGACGCCCCCGAGGCCACGGACACGGACGCGACGAGAGGCGCCAGGUACACGGACAAAAUCAAGUCGGCGGCGGCGGGCACCACUGGGUACGGCAAGCAGCUGGCGUCCACCGUGUACGACAAGGUCGCCGGCGUCGGCACCGCCGUCGCGCCCAACCUCCGUCCGCAGGAGAGCUCGGCGAAGGCGGAAGGCGCACACAGCGAGGCAAUGCCGGUGUCGGACACCGGCGCUGAGGAGUGGAAGGACGCCCCAGCUGCCACGAACGCGACCAACACCGCGUCGGGGCCGGCGGGCUAUACGGACAAGAUCAAGUCCGCGGCUGCCGGCACCACGGAGUACGGAAAGCAGCUGGCGAGCACCGUGUACGAGAAGGUCGCCGGCGUCGGCACCGCCGUGGCGGGCAAGAUCCAGCAGGCCACGCAGUCUGCCGGCACGGCGACGCCCGGGCCCGGCGUGCAGCAGGACACGGCCACCCCCGGCGCCGGCGGGCAGGACAAGGGGGUGACCCCCGUGCAGCGGCGCAAGGAGGACGUCGGGGGCACGGUAGCGCAGCGCGUGCCGGCGCCCGGUCAGAAGGAACUCACCAUUAGCAAAGCUGACGAGAGACGGGUUGCAGGGGAAGACGUGAAGGAAGGCUAUGCGACGGAGGCGCCUGUGAUCCGCGGGGAAGAGAUCGGCAGCGCGGAGCUGAACACGAAUACCAAGUGA